AUGAAUGCCUACUUAGGUUGUGUAUCUGGCACAGACUCCCGCGGAUCGGUAUCCUACGGGGUCCGAAAUCGCGUUCCAGGCAGCUCCCAUUCAACAGCUCUUGCCGCAACUCUCGAUCGACUUGCCUCCUCCGCCAACUGCAAUGCAAAUGGCUCAGCCCAUCUUGGACGAAAUAACAGUGUCGAUGCUGUUCAGACAAUAAUUCUCAAACGAAGCAGCAUGGACACUCCUUGGGGCUUUCGAAUACAAGGGGGACAGGAUUAUAAUCUUCAGCUAACUGUCAAGAAGGCAUGUGCAAUAGCGGAUGUAAUGCAUAUUGUCAAUUCUCGGUUUGAUAUUGGAAACCCUAGUAGAUAA